AUGGGAGAGUCCCGACAGGAGCUUGUAGCAUGGCUCAACCAGCUACUCCAGCUCAACAUCACCAAGGUCGAGCAAUGCGGUACCGGUGCCGCCCUCUGUCAGGUCUUCGAUAGCAUCUUCCUCGAUGUGCCCAUGUCGCGGGUCAAGUUCAACGUCAACACCGAAUAUGCCUACAUACAGAACUUCAAGGUGUUGCAGAACACCUUCACCAAGCACCAGGUCGACAAGCCCAUCCCCGUGUCCGCCCUCGUCAAGUGCAAGAUGCAGGACAACCUCGAGUUCCUACAAUGGGUAAAGCGGUUCUGGGACCAAUACUACCCUGGCGGAGAUUACGAUGCCGUUUCGCGACGAAAGGGCGCCCCUCUCGCUGCUGGUGCCGGCGGUGGAUCCGCCCCCAGAGUCACCAACAGUGCUGCAGCCCGGAGAGGCGGCGGUACGACCCCUACGACUGGUCCACGCCUGGUCAAGGCUGGCGGCGCUGGUGGUGGUGCUGCCUCGGCCGCCCUCAUGCAGGAGAACGCGACGCUGAAGGAGACAGUGGUCGGCCUCGAGCGCGAACGGGACUUUUACUUCAGCAAGCUCCGCGACAUAGAGCUGUUGAUCCAGCAGGCUGUCGAGGAAGAUCCGGAGAUCGAGAAGCAGGAGGAUGGUCUCAUCAAGCACAUCCAGACGAUACUGUACUCGACCGAAGAGGGAUUCGAGAUUCCCGAGGGAGAGGAGGCGGCGCUGGACGACCAGGAGACGUUCUAA